UGCUGCCUCUAUCCACAAUGCAGCCAUAUGCUGACUGAGAGAUAACUUUGUGUCUGGAAGAGCCCUCUGAUUUCCUAUACUAACGGCCUUACACAAGAUGGAGGAUUUUACAUUUGAUGGAACAAAGCGCUUAAGUGUCGACUACGUGAAGGGAAUUCUUCAACCCACAGUCACCUGUGACAUCCGGGAUGAGAUCUGGAACUUCCAAGCCAAGCCUGAUGACCUGCUUAUUUCUACCUAUCCUAAAGCAGGAACAACAUGGACACAGGAGAUAGUGGAAUUAAUACAAAAUGAAGGUGAUGUGGAGAAAAGUAAACAGGCACCAACUCAUCAACGAUUUCCUUUCCUCGAAUGGAAAAUCCCAUCCUUAGGAUCUGGUUUGGAACAAGCUCAUGCAAUGCCCUCACCACGGAUCCUGAAAACACAUCUUCCUUUUCACUUGCUGCCACCAUCCUUCCUAGAGAAAAACUGUAAGAUAAUCUAUGUAGCAAGAAAUCCCAAGGACAACAUGGUGUCCUAUUACCAUUUCCAAAGAAUGAAUAAAGCACUUCCUGAUCCAGGAACAUGGGAAGAGUAUUUUGAGACAUUUCUGGCUGGGAAAGUGUGCUGAGGCUCCUGGCAUGAACAUGUGAAAGGAUGGUGGGAAGCCAAAGACAAACACCGUAUUCUCUACCUCUUCUAUGAGGACAUGAAGAAGAACCCAAAGCAUGAAGUUCAGAAGCUAACAGAAUUUAUUGAGAAGAAACUAGAUGACAAAGUUCUAGAUAAAAUUGUCCAUUACACUUCAUUUGAUGUUAUGAAACAGAAUCCAAUGGCAAACUAUUCAUCGAUUCCUGCUGAAAUCAUGGACCACUCCAUUUCUCCAUUCAUGAGAAAAGGGGCAGUGGGAGAUUGGAAGAAACACUUCACCGUGGCUCAGAAUGAGAGAUUUGAUGAAGAUUACAAGAAGAAAAUGGCUGAUACCAGACUAACUUUCCACUUCCAAUUCUAG